AUGCCAGUGGUGCCGGCCCCGAGCCUGGCUACUCGCGAUCUGUCGGGAAUGAACGCUGUGCGAGAGAUCUUCAGAUUGUUGGCUAGCAGCGCUGCCUGCGACAGUCCCGGUGAGCAUCUGAGCCGCGCCUUCGUACUUCGAAAGCUGCUCGAGCGAAGAGAGGUAGUCGCUAUUCUACUCCGCUCCGGUGCCCGCUGGCCGUUUCCAGCCGAGCUGCCGCCUGGCACCAAUCGAGGCUGGGUGGCUCAGUGGUCAGCGAUGCAAAAGGCCGUCUCAGACGUGCAGCGACGGCUAGACGAGCCGCAGCCAGCCGGCUCCAUGACGUCGCAAGGCCUCAUGGGCGAGCAGCGACGGCUAGACAAGCACGCAUCCCCCCCAUUGAGUGGUCCGGACCCGCUUAGCCGUCUGGACCUCGACAAGCCGUGGAUGGAGCACAUACUGGGUGGCUCGGCACAAGAGAGGGCGCGGGAGUUCCUGAGGCAGCAGAAUCUGUUACCAGCGCAAGGGCACCCGGUGAAACAAGUGCUCUCUGUCCCCGGAGGGGACCUGUUGUCAGCACAACAGAGGGUGCGGGAGGUCCUGCAACAGCAAGGGCGGCAGGUUCGGCCGGAGGGGGCGGGAGCAGAGAGCCCCGCCGGCCGUCCCAACGCCUCGAACAGCGCCGUCGCCGUGAUUCUGGCGCUGCUGCUCGUGGCGCAUCUGCCGCAAGCAUCGGCGGUAGACCACGGGAGGGAGGAAGAGGGGCAGCAGACGGCACCGAAGCCGGCCGUGGCGGAGGCCGAGGAUGCGGUUGGCGAGGCGGGGGCGGGGCAUGCCGGCCGCUCCACCCCCUCGGCACCGCCGCCUGAGGUCCUCUCGCUGGCGGACGCUAGCUUCGACACCGGCCGUCGAGACGCUCCUGAGUCCACCAUCGGUGGCCAGACUACGUGUAUCGUGUGCUUCACUAGGCCGAAGUCGCACGUCGCUGUGCCGUGUGGCCACCAGUGUGUCUGCGGCCCCUGCUCCGCUCGGCUGCGAGCGUGCCCGUAUUGCCGCACGCCAGCCGAGCGCUGGUGGCACGUCCGCGUGGUGUGA